AUGACAUCCCCAAGCUCUGCCCAGCAUCCAGCAGCUGAGAAUGCCUCCAGAAUCACACUGGGACAAGUUAACCAGUUGCGACCCAAACUGUCCCUGCUGAAGAUCCUGCAGGCUGCAGGUGCCCAAGGUGAAACCUUCACCCUGAAGGAGGUCAUGCAUUACCUGGGACAGUACAUAAUGGUGAAGCAGCUGUAUGACAAAAGAGAGCAACACAUGGUCUACUGUGGAGGAGAUGAGCUGGGAGAGCUGCUGGGACUGGAGAGCUUCUCUGUUAAAGACCCAAGCCCAGUCUAUGACAUGUUGAAAAGGAACCUGACUUCUGCUGCAAUGGCAGAUGCUGCAGAGAAUCUCGCACAGGAACAGAGCGUCGAUAAGCCCAGCCAAGACCAGCUGAAGUUUAGCCAGCAAGAAGGUUCUGACACUGGCCUCAUGGAGGGGGGAAGCAAUGGUUCUGCUUUGUCUACGUCAGAGCAAAAAUGUGAGAAUGACCAAGACAAAGACUUAAUAGAAAACCUCACUAAAAGCAAGAAGCCUAAGCUGGACCUAGUGUUUGAGGAAUGGGAUGUAGCUGGUCUUCCAUGGUGGUUUUUAGGCAACCUCAGAAGCAAUUACAAGUCCAGAAGUAAUGGAUCAACAGAUAUUCAGACUAACCAGGAUUUUCAGCCUCUCCCUGUGUGUUCCUGUCCCAGCCUUUCACAUCAGGUGGACAUAGACACUGCUGUUGUUUCAGAUACUACUGAUGACUUGUGGUUCCUUAACGAGUGUCCAGCAGACCAGUGCAGUGCUGCAGCCAAGGGGGAAAGAGAUGACUGUCAGGAGCUGAAAGAGGCUGACAAAAAGGUGACUGAGGAUGCAUGUUUGCAGGACUGUGAAGACUCUCAAUGCUUAAGUGAUGACACAGAUACAGAAGCUACUCCAAAGGACUCCUGGCAAUGCUCCAAGUGCAAGAAAUUUAACUCUCCAGGCAAACGCUACUGUUACCGCUGCUGGGCCCUGCGGAAGGAUUGGUACUCGGAUUGCCCCAAACUGCCUCAUUCUCUUUCUCUGUCCAACAUUGAUGUCAUGCAAAAGAAAAAAGAUGAUGAUGAUGAAGGGAUAGAUGUCCCUGACUGCCGAAGGACUAUUUCUGCUCCAGUUGGCCAACCCAAAGACCUGUACAUGGUAGAAAACAAAUCACGUGUGGAUGCCCGGAGCUCUCUGGAGUCUUUGGAUUUGGCAGGGGAAUGUGAAAGCAAAGAGGCUCUGCUGCACUUCUCUGAGCAUAAAAAGGAGGAAGAGAUACAGUCUUUAGAGAGUAUAAAGAAAUUACUGAAUCCUUGCUUCUUAUGCCAUCACAGACCACGGGAUGGGAAUAUUGUCCAUGGAAGGACUGCUCACCUUGUGGCCUGUUUCAGGUGUGCCAAGAUGCUGAAGAAGAAGAGAUCUCCUUGCCCAGUGUGCAGGAAAGAGAUUGAGCUGGUGAUCAGGAUCUUUAUGGGGUAG